UUUAGCAAUUUUCUUAUGGCAACACUUUGCAGAUGGAAAAGUUUAUUUUCACGCACUGACUGACAAGACGAGGUCAGCUCGGAUCGCUCGACAGCAUCGUUUUGGCGUCCAUAAAAUUUUAAUCAAUAUCUUUAUUUCGGUGUUAUUUUUGAUAAACAAUGGUGCGUGGAGUAGGUCGGGCCGGUCGUGGCAUACCCGGACGUGGUGGAAUGGGGCGUCCGCCCUUCAACAGACCACGAGUGAUGAUGUUGAGGCCCCCAUUUGACCUAGUGUUGGCAGAACCGGCUUUUCCCAGAUGUAAACCUGCACCCGAUGAUUCAGCCCUAACACAAGCUUUACUAAAACGCCACGCCGAGCUCUGUCCGUCUCCUGCCGAGCAAUCAGCCGUGCUCAGCCUCGUCACAAAGCUGCAGACUGUUUUGGACAACCUAGUUGUAGCGCCGGGAGACUUUGCUGCUUGUCAACUGGAGGAGGUGAGACAAGUGGGCUCGUACAAAAAGGGCACUAUGAUGGCGGGCAAGAACGUAGCAGAUAUUGUGGUCAUAAUGAAGACGCUACCAACCAAGGAGGCAGUUGAAGGAUUGUCCAAUAAAGUGAACGAAGAGCUGAACAAGUUGAUGCGCGCGGAGGGCGGGAGCGCGGGCGCGGGCGCGGCGACGUGCGCGAGCGACGAGCGCGGGUUCGCGGCGAGCGCGGGCGGCGCGCGCGCGCGCGUGCUCGUCACCACGCUGCACCAGAACCUCAGGAAACUGGAGCCCGACGUACAUCUAGACUACAAGGUCAUAAGUAGUCAUUUAGCUGCGAUCCGUCACAGCAGAUGGUUCGAGGAGAAUGCUCAUCACUCCUCUAUCAAGGUUUUGAUCCGGCUGCUGCGGGACAUGUGUGCCCGGCACACGGGCCUGGCCCCCCUCACCCCCUGGAUGGUGGACCUGCUGGCGCACCACUGCAUAAUGAACAACCCCGCGCGACAGGCUCUGCCUAUCAACCAAGCGUUCCGACGCGCGCUGUCGCUGCUGGCGGGCGGACUGUUCCUGCCGGGCUGCGCGGGUCUGCCGGACCCGUGCGAGGCCGCGCAUGCGCGUGCGCACACCGCGCUCGACCUCGCCGCGCAGGACGCCGCCGCCAACACCGCGCAGACUCUCCUGCGCGUGGUGGCCCGCGGCGGGCACCGCUACGUGCUGGGGCUGCAGGCGUUCGAGGGCGGGAAGGACAUCGCCACCGAGAUCACGGUGUGGGACGGCGUCGUGGUGUCCCCGCUCGCCGCCGCCUACCAGGACACGCCCGAGCCCAUGGACACCGAUGACAAAGACGAUGAAGUCCAAGAUGGCGUAGCGGCUUAGUUUUAAGAUAAAUAUAAUAUACUUACAUAAUAUAAUGAAAAUAUGCCUUUUAUUACAACGGUAUUAUACCAGCCCAAAGAAAAUGUAGCAGUUUUAU